UAGUGGCUCUAGAGAGUCCUCUCAUAGGCUAGGUGGCUUAGAUGCUUAGAUGGUGGUGAUUGCAUAGAUUCAUUCCAAAGGCAAGUAGAAGUUAUGCGAGCGGAAUUUAGCGUGAGAAUUUGUCGCGUGGUGGUAUACUCAGCAACGUAGCCGUGUGAGGGAAGAAGCUCGCCUCUUCCGGUGUGGUUUGGGGGUCUUGGCGGGGAAGUUUGAAUCCGCCUGUCAGUUGGGGGUGGUGUUGUGUGGUUUGUCGUUUCUCGUUUCUCGUCGGAUUUCUGAACCUGGGGAGAGGGGCGGGUGUCAUGUGGUUGUGCACUGCUGCUGCUGCUGUUGCGAGGGUGUUGGUGGAUAAUUCUUAGAACCACACCAUUCACAAAAAUUUUCCCUUCUUUCGGGUCAUCAUCAUCGUCGCCCAGUGUUCAGAGUUCAGUUCAGUGAGGAAAAUGGCGCCGUUCGUGUAUGUGGUCUGAUAAGUGCUUAUCUUUUGGGAUUUUUCGGGUGAAAAUUCUACCAAUUAGCAGUCGGAAUUUCUAACUUCAGACAGCAAAAAGUGAAUACUUGCGUUCGCGGGUAAAAGUUAUUGAAAUAAAAGUUUAGUGGAAAUCUUUGUGUGGGUGAUAAUUUAGGAAUUGCUGUAGAGUGCAAAUUAAUUCCAGCCAGUUAAUGAAAAGCAUUUCUGUGGAAAAGCUCUGACGGGCGAAUUCAUUGAUUGAAGUGCGCUGAAUUAGGCACGGUAGCAGCCAAGUCAGGCGGAAUUUCAGCUUAUAAAUAUAGUGAAACGACCAAAACAAUCUUGGUUAUAACUCGACCUCUCAUAAAAGAAAGUGCUGAAAUUAAUCAAGAAAAUCCUCCGAAAAGCAUACUACCAAAAAGUGUGAAAAAUUCCGUAAAAUUGUACAAAAGAUUUUCAUCCUUCGCCAGAGAGCAUUUAGUUGGGUGAGCAAAACCGAACCAGUUUUCGUGAAAAUCAUCAUCAACAUCAGCAGCAACAAUUUUGUCGUGACAACCAAUUCGUGAAACCGUGAGGAAAAGUGAGAGCAUUUCGAUUGCUGUGUCUGCGAGUGUCCGUGAGUCUGUGAGCCGAAAACAAACUCCAAGAGUGAAAAGCUCUCCCCAACCGAAAAGCCCAACAACAACUUACGGCAAAAGGAUAAACCUCACAAUCGCUGGCGCUGGCCCAAGGAUAUCUACAGAUUUUUCCUUGCUGUAGUAAGGAGACACAUGGUUAGUCACAUCACUGCACCGAACCAGAAAUCAUCUCCGUCACGCAACUGGUCAAAAUCGAACAAGUGGAAUUGUGCAACAGAUCAUUAAACUUUACGACCAAUUCAUAAGACGCACAAAACUAGCAACAAGCACACAUCUCCGCCAAAGCUUCUUCUUCCAAAAUAUCUAUGAGAAACAAUCUGCCGCCAUCUGAAACUCUGUAACUCCUCAACGACAACAACGACAACGACGACGACCAACAUCCUCCAAGGAACUGGAACGCAACAAUUGCAGCAUCUAGCAGAAUCCCACCGGAACGCCGAGGCCCGGUCCUUCGAAGAUGAAGUUUUCGUUUCCGCUCCCAGGCGGGGGCACCGGAUUGACGCUGUUCUCCAAGCUCGUCCGCACCAAGGACCUCCGGAAGCUCCAGGGCGAAGAUCCGAAAAGCACAAAGCCAAAACUAACGAAAUGUCUCACCACACUAGACUUAACCUCGCUCGGGGUCGGUUCCUGCUGCGGCACCGGAAUGUAUCUGGUGGCCGGAAUGGUGGCGCGGAAUAUCGCCGGUCCCGGAGUUAUACUUAGUUUUAUCAUAGCAGCUGUAGCUAGUAUAUUCUCAGUCGAACAACCGUACGGCAACGCUCUUAUCUUCGUCAACAGGCAGUGUACCAUCCUUCACUUUGUCGUCUUCCUCGUCCAGCUCCAUAAACCGAACAUCACGACUGAUAACUAUUUGGCCAGUAGUCGUGUUUUCACCGGCGCGGCCACCUGUUUCUACGCCUUCAUCGGGUUCGAUAUCAUCGCGACGACCGGCGAGGAAGCGCACAAUCCCCAGAAGAGCAUCCCGAAGGCCAUCGUCGGCUCGCUGGUGAUCGUCCUGUUCGUCUACGUCACCAGCAGUCUAGUCCUCACGUUGACAGUUCCCUACGAUCACAUCGAUCCGGGUUCGGCCCUCGUUCAAAUGUGGAGCUACGUGGGUGCCCCCAAAUGCCAGGCGCUGGUCGCCUUCGGUGCUACGGCUGGCCUUAGCGUAGCUAUGUUCGGUUCGAUGUUCCCAAUGCCUCGGGUAAUCUACGCCAUGGCCCAAGAUGGUCUCGUGUUUCGAAUGCUUUCGCAGCUGUGGGCCAGAACCGGAGUGCCCGGAAUUGCCACGAUCGGCAGUGGCAUCGCGGCAGCCCUGGUAGCCUUGACAGUCCGGCUGGAAGUCCUGGUCGAGAUGAUGUCCAUCGGGACGCUACUGGCCUACACGCUGGUAUCGACCUGUGUACUGAUCUUGCGCUACCAACCGCACACAACGACGCUGGUAGACUUACUUCCGGCUCAGUUGAGAACUCCGCAGCCUCCGAGCACUCCGGACCCGACCACGCAGCAGCGAAUAAAGGUUAAAAAGAUCACCCGUGGCUCACCGGACUCCGACGAUAGUUUCUGCGACGAUAGUCCGGAUGGUUUCAUGGGUCGCGACGAUCAGUUCCUAGUGUCGGACAAAUCCGAGAAUAAGUUCUAUGGUGCUGUCCACGGAGCACCUCAAGGUGGUUCAAACCCAUUUACGUUAUGGGGUUUCGGUUACAUCGGUCGAAAAAUCCAACAGUAUUCCUAUCUCUGUCCAGGGUUGUUCCCAUGGGUUAAUCCUGGUCCUGCAACGCACGAAAGCGGGAUGUUCGUGACCAAGAUGGUCGGUCUGAUGUAUGCCUGCAUCUUCUUCCUGGAUCUGUUUAUGGCGAUCGGCAUUACGGGUACGUUCUUCUCGCUCAUCUACACCGCGCUGGUGUUCGGUAUCUUCGCCAUCCUGCUGGUCAUUUCCCGGCAACCACAGAAUCGAUACGCUCUGCCCUUCCUAACACCCGGACUUCCAUUCAUCCCGACGAUCGCCAUCACCGUCAACAUCUACCUGAUAUUCAAGCUAAGCAUCCUAACGCUGGUCCGCUUCACGGUGUGGAUGUCCCUGGGCCUUAUCAUGUACUUCUACUACGGAAUCACGCACAGCUCCCUGGAGAAUCCAAACGAAGAGUUCGAACUGACGGUGGAUAGCAACGGGGCCGCGGCAACAGGAUCAGGACAAGGCGGCGGCGCCAGUCAACCCACCCCGAAUCUUAAGGUUCCUUCCCAUCGGGAUCAGACGGCUGUUUGGGACCGGCACGGGUACGAAAACCGGAUGGCCACGAAUGACGAUGGGGAACUGCAGUGGAGUGGUGCCACCAACAGUUGGAACCCAAGCGAUGCGUGGGGCGAUACGACCAUCUACGAUCCACCUCGUCAGCAACAGCAACAGCAACAAUCCUCGGGACCACGUCCCGGAUCCACCAACAUAUUCCAGCCUCCUCCACCAACGACGAAACCGGCGGCGACGUCCCAGCAGCGACCGGAAGUAAAGAAGGACGGCUUCGGACUGUUCUAUCAGGAAACGUCGAGUUUUCCCACGUGGGACGACUAAAUUUUGGCCAAACCAAACCAAAAAAAAGGAAACAGAUGAAUCCGAUUAAUCUCAAAAACCGUUAACCGAGAACGCCCAACGUCUAAAAGUAGUUGUACAGAAAAGUUAUACUUAUACAUAUACAAAACCACAAACAAUCGAGUACAUUCAUAUAUACAUAGGAUACCACAUACAUACUUACUAUAUAUCGAUCCGAGAGCACGAGAUAGCAUCCGGAGGACUGAACGCGCGGUGAAACCUUAAACACGGGAAAGCAAUCAUCACCCAUCAUUAACUUACGUACAUACAUAUAUCUGAGCAGCUGUUGUUAUCAUUAUUACAUCGUUAGAGGAUAUCGCCAUCAUCAUCAUCCGUAGUAAUCUCUCGACCCCCCCAGCUAACGCCUGUAUGUAUGCAACAACAAUAUGACAGACCGCAGCAGCUCGGCAGCGCCGCGCAUAAUUAAUUACCCCCUUCUGUGACAUUUACAUAGCGACGACGACUCAAGAAAUGGUGCAUUUCCGGUCCGCGAAUCAUCACUAGGCUAGGGACACAUGCUGGACAAGUUGUUGAACAACAUAACUCGGAGAGAUAACGGCGAAGCUGCUUCGCAAAAUGCUUCGAAGGCUUUUGUCUAUCGGUCAGCUCACAUGGACCAUCAGCCUUACCCUACACACAUUGAAUUGGCAAUUAACUUCUGAUACUUUCGGAAAACAUUCCAACUUUCCAUUCCAACGACAGCAAACUAGUUAUUCCCACCCGUGAAAAUUAACCGUCCAAGCAGAGGUUGACCGCAAUGGCCCUAAUUGGGUAAAAGAGCCGGUAUCAUAAAAUUGUGGUUUUCCGGAAGCGUCAAUUGUGUGGACUGUAAUUGAUGCCGCAUUUUUUUCUUUUUCCCCUACUCAUUUGGCGAAAUUAAAUUUGUGUCAAUGGCAUAAACGGUUUUCAUAUCGGAAUGUUAGCUGUUCAGAGUUUGUACAUUGAA